AUGAAGGCCUUUUUCGUACUCGCUCUUGCGGCGUUCGUCGCUGCGGGCCCGCUGUGCACUACGUCUACUUCUUCUUCAGUCGCUCCUGUGGCUACGCCGAAGCCGAAGACGUGCAAUAGGAUUUGCGGCGAUGAGACGCUGGUGUGCGCUAGUGGUUGGUAUAGCGUGCAGAGAGAACGGGUGGGGAAGGUUCUUGCUGGGCUUGCUGCAAGUAAAGCAAGAGUGCAGAUGGCGUUGUCGGAGCAAUCGUUGUUUUGGAGGAGUACUGAGUGGUGA